AUGGGGCCCGGAGUCAGAGUCCCAGCACAGUCCUCCAGCAGAACCUCACCAGAGCUCGUCUAUGAGAACAAUGGCCACCCACCGGGGAACAUUAAUGGUAGGACCACCGAUUCCUAUUCAGUUUUAUUAACCAGGUCCAUUAAAGGGGGUCUCUCCACAUGGCUUCUCCUUAUCUUCCUUUAUUCUGCCCAUGGAAGAGAAGUGCAGGUACCUGGUACAGAGGAGUGGGAUGUCCCCCCAGUGUCCGGAGGUGACUGUCCAUUCCAAGUGGACGCCACAUUUCCACCACGUGUGAAGGUUCAUAUGAAGAUCAACGGUGAGAGCUCUGCACAACUAAUGACGGACAGCAUCAAGAGCCGCUCAAUGUCUCCAUGGGAAUACAGCUCCAACGUGGACAACCACAGAUUCCCGGUGGUCAUCAACGAGGCCAGAUGUCUCUACCACGGCUGUUUGGACCCUGAGGGUCAUGUGGACCUCAGCAUGAACUCAGUCCCCAUCAGACAGGAGAUCCUGGUCCUACGUCGUGAGAUGAGAGGAUGCGUCCCCGUCUAUAAGCUGGACAAGCAGCUAGUCACCGUGGGCUGCACCUGUGUCCGGCCCAUCACCCAGUACCUCAGAUAA